CGUACUAUUCCAAAUGUCCGAAUCUGAUUUUUUUUUAAAAAAACACUCUGCUCCUUCUUCUUCACUUCCUAAAUAACUUCUCAGUCAAACAAAAACAGUCCCCUCUCUCUCUCUAAAAAUACACCCUCACUUUCUCUCUCUAAAAACUCAAAAGUUAUGGCGAAGAAGAAGACGACGAGGCGCAGGCAGUUGGAAGCCAUGCUUUAUAUGAAUUGGCUUCUCAAAAUUCGUCACCCCUUUGUUACUCUUUUUGAGGUUUUGCUUCCCACGAUUGUAAUGUUACUCUUAAUAGCUGUAAGAACACAAGUUGAUACACGAGUUCAUCAAGCGCAGCCGUAUAUACGAGAAGGUAUGUUUGUAGAAAUAGGCAAAGGAAUAUCACCAAAUUUUCAACAGGUUCUGGAGUUAUUGUUGGCGAAGAGAGAGUUUUUGGCAUUUGCACCUGAUACAGAUAAAACCAAGAUGAUGAUUCGCUUUCUGUCAAUAAAGUUUCCUUUACUUGAGCAAGUUUCAAGAAUCUACAAAGAUGAACUUGAGUUGGAAACCUAUAUAUGCUCAGAUAACUAUGGUGUUUGCUAUGAUGUUAAGAAUUGUUCAAAUCCUAAAAUAAAAGGAGCUAUCAUAUUUCAUGAUCAAGGUCCCCAGAUAUUCGAUUAUAGCAUACGUCUUAAUCACUCUUGGGCUUUCUCAGGGUUUCCCGAUGUUAAAACCAUAAUGGAUAUAAAUGGACCUUAUCUGAAUGACUUGGAAUUGGGUGUUAAUCCAGUUCCAACAUUGCAGUAUAGCUUCAGUGGAUUCUUCACGCUUCAGCAGGUAAUGGAUUCAUUCAUAGUAUUUUCAGCUCAGCAAACUGAGGGUAAGACUGUAAAUGAAUACAUAGAGUUGCCAUCUUCCAAUAUUUCUAGAAGAUCUUCUUCCCUCAGUUUUUCAUGGAAGAAAUUUAGUCCCUCGACAAUUAGAGUUGCUCCCUUCCCGACCCGCCAAUACACAGACGAUGAGUUCCAAUCUAUUGUCAAGAAUGUCAUGGGAGUACUGUACUUGUUGGGAUUUCUCUACCCCAUCUCUCGCCUUAUCAGCUAUGCUGUGCUUGAGAAGGAACAAAAGAUAAGAGAAGGUCUCUACAUGAUGGGAUUAAAAGACGGAGUAUUUUAUCUCUCCUGGUUUAUCACUUAUGCUUUUCAGUUUGCUAUUUCUUCUGGAAUAAUUACAGCAUGCACCAUGGAUAACCUUUUCAAGUAUAGUGAUAAGUCACUGGUGUUUGCUUAUUUUUUCUCUUUUGGACUCAGCGCAAUUAUGUUGUCAUUUUUGAUCUCUACAUUCUUCACACGAGCAAAAACAGCAGUUGCAGUUGGGACACUGUCUUUUCUUGGGGCGUUCUUUCCCUAUUACACUGUUAAUGAUCCAGCUGUACCAAUGAUAUUGAAGGUCUUAGCUUCUUUACUUUCACCUACGGCUUUCGCUCUAGGAUCAGUUAACUUUGCUGAUUAUGAGCGUGCUCGUGUCGGGCUUCGUUGGAGCAACUUAUGGCUAGGGUCAUCUGGAGUGAAUUUUUUGGUCUGCUUUUUGAUGAUGUGGCUUGACAUGCUGCUAUAUUGUGUUGUUGGUCUUUAUCUUGAUAAGGUCCUUCCCAGGGAAAAUGGAGUCCGUUACCCUUGGAACUUUUUAUUCAUGAAUUGGAGAAAGAGAAGCAUUACAAAUCAUAAUCUUCCAAGUUUAGGAGUUACAAUUAGCGAUAAGCUUUUCAGUGCUGCACCUGCUGUUGAGGCAAUAAGCUUGGAUAUGAAGCAACAAGAACUCGAUAAUAGAUGCAUCCAGAUUAGGAACCUGCAUAAGGUGUAUGCUACUAAAAGGGGGAAAUAUGCUGCUGUUAAUUCGCUAAAUCUCACCUUGUAUGAAAAUCAGAUUCUUGCUCUUCUAGGGCAUAAUGGAGCUGGAAAAAGCACAACUAUUUCAAUGCUUGUUGGUCUUCUUCCUCCUACUUCUGGGGAUGCUUUGAUGUUUGGAAAGAACAUACUACGAGAUAUGGAUGAGAUACGGAAUGGUUUGGGUGUGUGCCCACAGCAUGAUAUUCUUUUUCCAGAACUGACUGUAAAAGAGCAUUUAGAAUUAUUUGCUAUACUCAAAGGCGUGGAGGAAGAUAUUUUGGAGACCGCUGUUACUGAUAUGGUCGAUGAAGUGGGUUUGGCUGAUAAAGUGAACACAGUUGUGAGUUCGCUUUCUGGUGGCAUGAAGAGGAAAUUGUCUCUUGGAAUUGCCCUGAUAGGAAAUAGUAAGGUUAUAAUUCUUGAUGAACCAACUAGCGGAAUGGAUCCAUACUCGAUGCGGCUUACAUGGCAAUUAAUCAAGAAGAUAAAGAAGGGCAGGAUAAUAUUAUUGACAACCCAUUCAAUGGAUGAAGCUGAUGAACUAGGAGAUCGGAUAGCUAUCAUGGCUAAUGGUUCUUUAAAAUGCUGCGGAAGCUCCCUCUUCUUAAAGCAUCAUUAUGGGGUUGGUUACACUCUUACUCUAGUGAAGUCGGCACCUACGAUGUCUUUAGCAGCUGAUAUUGUUUACCGUCAUAUUCCAUCAGCAGUUUGUGUGAGUGAGGUUGGAACUGAGAUCUCUUUCAAGCUUCCUAUGGCUUCCUCAUCGUCCUUUGAAAGUUUGUUUAGGGAAAUUGAAAGUUGUAUGAGAAGAUUAGUCUCUCACUCUGAAACAGAUAUAAGCAAAGAAAAAGAUUAUAUUGGCAUUGAAAGUUAUGGCAUCUCAGUUACAACUCUGGAGGAGGUAUUUCUGAGAGUUGCAGGAUGUGACUUCGAUGAGAGUGUCGAUAUCAAUCAGACGAGCAAUAUUCUUCCAUCAGAUUCAAUUAUUUCCACAGCUUCCCAAGAUCAUAACCCCCCCAAAAAUUUGGAUUCUAAAUUUCUAAAAAGCUAUAUAAAGGUUUUUGCUGUCAUAUUUUCCUUAGUGGGCAGAGCCUGUGGUUUGAUGGUCGCUACUGUUUUAAGUUUGGUUAACUUCUUAGGCAGGCAGUGCUGUAGUUGUUGUAUUAUUUCGAGGUCAACAUUUUGGCAGCAUACAAAAGCAUUGUUUAUAAAGAGGGCAAUAUCUGCUCGAAGAGACCGGAAAACAAUUGUUUUCCAACUUCUAAUUCCUGCUGUGUUCUUGCUUUUUGGUCUUCUUCUUCUCAAGCUUAAGCCACACCCUGAUCAGCAAUCUGUUACGUUGACAACAUCGCAAUUUAAUCCUCUCUUAAGCGGCGGCGGCGGAGGCGGUCCAAUUCCUUUUGAUCUGUCAUUUCCUAUUGCAAGAGAGCUUGCUGAGUAUAUCAAUGAUGGUUGGAUCCAAAGCUUUGAAGAGAGUUCAUAUAAAUUUCCUGAUUCAGAUAAGGCAUUAGCUGAUGCCAUAAAAGCAGCAGGGCCAACUCUGGGACCAAUUUUACUUUCGAUGAGUGAAUUUUUAAUGUCUAGUUUCAACCAAUCAUAUCAGUCGAGGUAUGGAGCGGUAGUGAUGGAUGAUCAAAAUGAUGAUGGGAGUUUGGGAUAUACCGUACUGCAUAAUAGCUCUUGUCAGCAUGCUGCUCCAACCUAUAUCAAUGUGAUGAAUGCUGCAAUUCUCAGGCUUGCUACCGGUGAUAAGAAUAUGACAAUUCGUACACGCAACCAUCCUUUGCCAAUGACAAAAAGCCAGCACUUGCAACGGCAUGAUUUGGAUGCAUUCUCUGCUGCUAUUAUUAUUAACAUAGCAUUUUCAUUUAUUCCUGCUUCGUUUGCUGUUGCCAUUGUGAAGGAACGUGAGGUGAAGGCUAAGCACCAGCAGCUAAUUAGUGGGGUUUCUGUACUUUCAUAUUGGGCUUCCACAUUCCUCUGGGACUUCAUCAGCUUCUUAUUUCCUUCAUCUUUUGCAGUAGCUUUGUUUUACAUCUUUGGUAUGGAUCAAUUUAUCGGAAAAGAUGGUUUCUGGCCAACAAUUUUCAUGUUUCUGGAGUAUGGACUAGCAAUCGCAUCAUCAACGUAUUGUCUUACAUUCUUGUUUUCUGAUCACACCAUGGCUCAGAAUGUGAUUCUGUUGGUCCAGUUUUUCACCGGCCUAAUUCUAAUGGUGAUCUCAUUCAUCAUGGGCCUUAUAGAGACAACAGCAAGUGCAAAUAAUGUUCUUAAGAACUUCUUCAGAGUUUCACCUGGUUUUUGCUUUGCUGAUGGACUUGCGUCACUGGCUCUUUUACGACAAGGGAUGAAAGACAAAUCAAGUGAUGCAGUUUAUGAUUGGAAUGUCACUGGAGCCUCCAUAAUAUAUCUUGGCAUUGAGAGCAUUGGUUACUUUCUCUUAACAAUCGGGCUGGAAUACUUUCCUUUUCACAAGUUCACUUCAGUUACAAUCACACAGUACUGGAUGAAUUUGAAGAAUAUUUGGAUGAAUUUGAAGAAUAUUCGGCAUGGCUCUUCCUCUGACUAUUCAGAACCCCUUCUACAAUCUUCUUCAGCAGCUGUUUCUCUUGAUUGGGAUGAAGACAUUGAUGUGCAAACAGAAAGAAACAGGGUACUUUCAGGAUCUGUUGACAAUGCCAUCCUCUACUUACGUAAUCUUCAGAAGGUGUAUCCUGGAGGAAAAUAUGGCAAAAAAGUCGCUGUGCAUUCAUUGACUUUCUCAGUUCAAGCAGGAGAAUGUUUCGGAUUUUUAGGAACAAAUGGAGCUGGCAAGACCACCACUCUAUCAAUGUUAUCUGGAGAAGAAUCUCCAACUGAUGGAACUGCAUUUAUUUUUGGCAAUGACAUACGUUCUAAUCCCAAGGCUGUUCGUCGGCAUAUUGGGUAUUGCCCCCAGUUUGAUGCUCUCUUGGAGUUCUUAACUGUCAAAGAGCAUCUUGAGCUUUAUGCAAGAAUAAAAGGAGUUGCUAAUUGCAGAAUGAAUGAUGUUGUCAUGGAAAAGUUAGUUGAGUUUGACUUGUUGAAACAUGCUGACAAACCAUCAUUUGUACUUAGUGGGGGGAACAAGCGCAAAUUAUCUGUUGCAAUUGCAAUGAUUGGGGACCCUCCAAUUGUAUUUCUUGAUGAGCCAUCAACAGGGAUGGAUCCAAUUGCCAAACGAUUCAUGUGGGAAGUGAUAUCUCGCUUGUCAACUAGACAUGGAAAGACAGCAGUAAUUCUUACAACCCACAGUAUGAAUGAAGCUCAGGCACUGUGCACUCGUAUUGGAAUAAUGGGCGGCGGCAAAUUAAGAUGCAUUGGAAGUCCGCAGCACCUGAAAACACGAUUUGGAAAUCACCUUGAGCUAGAGAUUAAACCUGCUGAGGUUAGCUCUGUAGACUUGGAAAAUCUUUGCCACCUUAUUCAGGGAAAGCUUCUCAACAUUCCUUCACAUCCAAGAACUCUACUCAAUGACCUUGAAGUUUGCAUUGGAGCUGUAGACUUCGUAACAUCUGAAAAUGCAUCAGUAGCAGAGAUCCGAUUGUCAAAAGAAUUGAUAUCAUUUAUUGGUCGGUGGCUUGGCAAUGAACAAAGAAUUAAUACACUUUUGUCUUCAGCACCCAUUUCUGAUGGUGAUUUUGGUGAACAGUUAGGAGAGCAGUUGGUUCGAGAUGGUGGGAUACCGCUGCCAAUAUUUUCUGAGUGGUGGCUAACCAAAGAGAAGUUUUCAGCUAUUGAUUCAUUUAUUCUGUGCUCAUUCCCUGGUGCUACAUUUCAAGGGUGCAAUGGUUUGAGUGUUAAAUAUCAGAUUCCAUACUCAGAAGGAUUCUCCCUCGCGGAUGUGUUUGGACACCUGGAGCGAAAUAGAAAUGAGCUGGGAAUAGCAGAAUACAGUAUCAGCCAAGCAACUCUGGAAACCAUAUUUAAUCAUUUUGCAGCUAGCGUAUGACUCAACAUACAAGGUAACACGAAUACGAAUGUAUGUGUCCCUCCAUUUUUUUGAUGAGGGUUACAAGAAAAAGUGUUAUCAUUUUGUAAAUAGGAAAACUGGGAAAUGUACAUAAUUUUAAUGAUUGUCGAUUUAUUUAUACCGAGUCUCAGUUGCCACCAAAUAACAUAUGCAAGUUCCACUUAAUAGAGAACGACUUUUUGAGGCA